GCUACACCGACAGGGCCACCGCUGUAACACAGGAGUCAGACACACACAGCCUCCAUGAGGGACCGUCUCCUGCUAGAAUAACACAGUUAAACAACCGAGGAGUAACCGGGAUCACCGCCCAGACGUUUGGAGGUCGGUGAAAUUCCCCCGGAGAUGUAGCCAGCAGCGCGGCUUUGGGUCGGUGUGUUCGCUCGGUCUCUGCAUGGCUCUUCCCGGGGAUGCCAUGAAAAUCAGAAGAGCCGACUGAGAGCCCGCUGCUCUUCGCUAUCUCAGACACGGUGGCGGCGGCAGAGGUGGAGAGCGAUGGAUCCUGGUGGAACAAUCCAAAUUAGGUAGCGUUUACGAAGAGAACCGAGGAGAGGAGAGCGUCUCCGUUUUGCAGUUUAGUCGCCGCCGGAGCCGUCUUAAGGAUGGACUUCACCCAGCUCCGGAACAUCAUCAGCAGAUACUGUGUGGGGGAGGAGAUCUGGGUGGACAGUCGGACGGUGUACAUCGGCCAUAAAGAGCCUCCUCCGGGAGCUGAGGCCUACAUCCCUCAGCGUUACCCCGACAACCGCAUCGUCUCCUCCAAGUACACCUUCUGGAACUAUCCCAAGAAUUUAUUCGAGCAGUUCAGAAGAAUCGCUAACUUCUACUUCUUGGUUAUAUUUCUGGUCCAGCUCAUCAUCGACACCCCCACCAGCCCAGUCACCAGCGGCCUGCCCCUCUUCUUCGUUAUCACCGUCACCGCAAUAAAACAGGGCUACGAGGACUGGCUCCGACACAAGGCUGACUGCUCUAUAAACGAGUGUCCGGUGGACGUGGUGCAGCAGGGGAAGGUGGUGAGGACUCAAAGUCACAAGCUACGGGUGGGGGACAUCGUGGUGGUGAGGGAGGACGAGACUUUCCCCUGCGACCUCAUCCUGCUCUCCUCCAUCCGCCAUGACGGGACCUGCUACGUCACCACUGCCAGUCUGGACGGGGAGUCCAGUCACAAGACCUAUUAUGCUGUACAAGAUACCCUGGCCUUUAGAACGGAGCAGGAGGUGGACUCGCUACACGCCACCAUCGAAUGUGAACAACCACAGCCUGACCUCUACAAAUUUGUGGGACGCAUUAAUAUUUACAAGGACAAAGAAGAGCCAGUGGCUAGACCACUUGGGGCUGAGAAUUUGCUCCUUAGAGGAGCCACACUGAAGAACACACAACAUAUUUAUGCUGUUGCAGUCUACACUGGCAUGGAGACUAAGAUGGCGCUUAAUUAUCAGUCUAAAUCUCAGAAGCGCUCCGCUGUAGAAAAGUCGAUGAAUGCCUUCCUCAUAGUGUACCUGUUCAUCUUGAUCAGUAAAGCGGUCAUCAACACGGUUCUGAAAUACGCCUGGCAGUGGUCUCCAGACAGAGACGAGCCCUGGUACAACCACAGGACGGAGAACGAGCGCCAGCGACAUGUGGUGAUCCGAGCCUUCACAGACUUCCUGGCCUUCAUGGUCUUAUUUAACUACAUCAUCCCAGUGUCUAUGUACGUGACGGUAGAGAUGCAAAAAUUCCUGGGCUCCUAUUUCAUCACCUGGGAUGAGGAAAUGUUCGACGAGGAGCUGGGAGAGGGGGCUCAGGUCAACACCUCGGACCUGAACGAGGAGCUGGGACAGGUGGAGUAUGUGUUCACUGAUAAGACAGGCACUCUCACGGAGAACAACAUGGAGUUUAUUGAGUGCUGCGUAGAUGGGAACGUCUACAUCCCACAUGCCAUCUGCAACGGCCAAAUCCUCAGCGCUGCUUCCAGUAUAGACAUGAUUGACUCCUCGCCUGGAGGAUACAGGAGAGAACACGAGGAUCUGUUUUUCCGGGCGCUGUGUCUGUGUCACACAGUGCAGGUGAAGGAGGAGGAGACGGUGGAGAGCAUCAAGAGGGGCAUCCACCAGGGCCGGCCCACCUCCUUCUACAUCUCCUCCUCUCCGGAUGAGGUGGCGUUGGUGGAGGGAAUGAAAAGGCUGGGUUACACCUAUCUGAGACUGAAAGACAACUACAUGGAGAUCCUGAACAAAGACGAUGAGAUUGAAAGGUUUGAGCUGCUCCAUGUGUUGAACUUUGACUCUGUCAGGAGGAGAAUGAGCGUCAUAGUCAAGUCCAGCGCAGGAGAAUACCUGCUGUUUUGUAAGGGGGCAGACUCGUCCAUUUUUCCCCGAAUCGUGUCUGGGAAGGUGGAGCAGGUGAAAGCCCGGGUGGAGCUGAAUGCUGUCGAGGGUCUGCGGACUCUGUGUGUCGCCUAUCGAAGGCUCUCAGAGUCCGACUACCAGGAGGCGUGUCUUCACCUGAACGAAGCCAAGCUGGCCCUGCAGGACAGGGAGCAGAGGCUGGCGCAGGCCUAUGACAUCAUCGAGAGGGACUUUGUGCUUCUGGGCGCUACAGCAGUGGAGGACAGGCUCCAGGAGAAAGCAGCAGACACCAUCGAGUCACUGCACAAGGCUGGGAUGAAGGUUUGGGUCCUGACAGGCGACAAGAUGGAGACGGCGGCGGCUACAUGCUACGCCAGCAAGCUGUUCCGCCGCAGCACCCAGAUCCUGGAGCUGACCAAGAAACGCACGGAGGAGCAGAGUCUGCACGACGUCCUGUUCGAGCUAAACAGGACUGUUCUCAGACAACGCUCUAUUUCUGGGUUGUCAAUGGACUGCCUGGACUUCGGUCUGAUCAUCGACGGGGCCACGCUGUCUGCAAUCCUGAAGGCGAACCAGGAGGGCGCCGGCUGUGGAAACUACAAAGAGAUCUUUCUGGAGAUCUCUCGCAACUGUAGCGCCGUGCUCUGCUGCCGCAUGGCGCCGCUGCAGAAAGCCCAGAUUGUGAAGCUAAUUAAAGCUUCCAAGGAGCAUCCCAUAACCCUCGCUAUUGGAGAUGGUGCCAACGAUGUCAGCAUGAUCCUGGAAGCACAUGUGGGCAUCGGCAUCAUGGGUAAAGAAGGCCGACAGGCGGCGAGGAACAGUGACUACGCCAUCCCGAAGUUCAAACACCUGAAGAAGAUGCUGCUUGUUCACGGCCACUACUACUACAUCCGGAUUGCAGAGCUCGUUCAGUACUUCUUCUACAAGAAUGUAUGCUUCAUCUUCCCUCAGUUCCUCUACCAGUUCUUCUGUGGGUUCUCCCAGCAGCCUCUGUACGACACGGCGUAUUUGACGUUGUACAACAUCAGCUUCACCUCGCUCCCCAUCCUCCUCUACAGCCUGGUGGAGCAACACGUCACCAUGGAUACGCUAAAGAGGGACCCCUCCUUGUACAGGGACAUAGCGAAGAACUCGCUCCUCCGAUGGCCCGUCUUCCUCUACUGGACGUGCCUGGGUCUGUUUGACGCUGUUAUCUUCUUCUUUGGUGCCUACUUCCUGUUUGACAACACCACCUUUACUAGCAACGGCCAGAUGUUUGGGAACUGGACCUUUGGGACCCUGGUCUUUACUGUGCUGGUGUUCACCGUAACGCUCAAGCUUGCCUUGGACACACACCACUGGACCUGGAUCAAUCACUUUGUCGUCUGGGGGUCGCUACUUUUCUACGUUAUUUUCUCUCUUCUGUGGGGAGGAAUCAUUUGGCCCUUCCUGAACUACCAGAGGAUGUACUACGUGUUCAUGCAGAUGCUGUCCAGCGGCCCGGCCUGGCUCAGCAUCAUCCUGCUCAUCACGGUCAGCCUGCUGCCAGAUGUCAUAAAGAAAGUCCUCUGCAGGGCCUUGUGUCCCACAGCCAUCGAACGCGCACAGGAUCAUGAGAAGCUGUCGGUGGCUGUCGUGGCCGAGUCGACUCCACUGUCCUCUCGUCUGUCCUGCAAAGGCGCGAGCACAGACUCAUCCCGCCUCCACCUGGCCGCUGCAGAGGUGCUGUCGCUGCGCAGGUCUGAUCCCCUUCCCCAGAAACUACUGGUGCACUUGACAGAGGGUGGAGGGGCAGACCUGCGCCCUCUCAGCCCCUACAUGCUCCGUCUAUCAGGGGCGGGAUUCGCCUACUACGCUCCAGGGCCGGAGACCUCUGUGUGAACCAGGCUCUGAAACUGUGUGUGUGUGGAUCUGAUGGGCUGAAACGUAGCAGGAUGUGCGACCAAGGUCUGUGUCUCAAGGAGCGAGGAUUUAUCGAGCAAAACAUAAACAUGUUCACACACACGUCAACCUCCAUGCUGAGUUCACCAUGUGCAUUUUCUGGGCUACACCUGAGUGAACAACCCUUUAUAUAUUACAGCCCUGACGCCUCAUCUUCAUACUUUGUUAAUUAUUUUUUUAUUCAGUGUCAUCCCCAAGUCGCAUCAAAGUUCCUACCCAAAAUCUUACUUGAAAAAGUCUAAGAACAAAAGGGGAACUUGUGCAGAGGUGCAUUGUUUCAUGCACCAAGGAACUGUCCUGUUUUAACAUGUCAACAGGCCUUUUUAUAUUCCUCGUUCUUAUUUUCAGUUCUUGCCUGUUCCUCCACUUUUGUGUCCUUUUUGCUUCUUUGUGAAUGUUUGUUUAAAAACAUAUGUACAGUAGUCUGGCCAAGUUAGGGGCAGCCGUCAAGCUCAGCCCUUUAGGUGUGCGUGAGUGUGCAUGUGCGCGAGUGUAUGCAUGAUAUUUGCCUGUUACCGUAUGUUUGUAUGUGACACACCUUUGCCUUACAGGUAGCCACACAGCAGCAGGCUAGGAGCCAAAGGAGAAAGGUUUUUAAAAAACAAGUGGUGUAUUACAGAGCCUUACACACACACACACACACACACACACACACACACACACACACACACACACACACACACACACACACACACACACACACACACACACACACACACACACAUCAGCUAAAGGGAGAGAAACUGGGAAAAAUCUGAAGAGGGAUGUGCAGUAGUCUCGCCGCCCUGCCUUAAUUCAUACAUUUUUUCGUGGAUUAUAUUUCUAGUUUGUUUUGUGAGUGGACGGGAUUUAGAGGGCAUACAUGUCUGGUACAGUGUGUCCGUUAUUGUUUUUCUUUUUCUCUCACAAUUGUGUCCACUUUCUUAUCUACCAGUGUAGCAUGUCGGAUCUCCCUGCUGCAUGCUGAUCUGCUCUUCUUCUUCAUCUUCUUCUUCUCUGUUUUUCCUUUAUCUUCCUUCGUCCCAAACAUUCAUCAUAAACCAUAUCUCAACAUUCUUUUCUUUCUCCCAAGAAUGAGCACACUGUACCCACUCCUGCCCUCAUGUGGCCGUUAAGGGUAACAACAGCAGCCCAAUACUUUAUUUAUGGAUGUCUAUUCCUCUAUGUUGCAUUGUGCUUGUGUGUUUGCUGCCAUGCUAUUUGUUAAGAAAAAUGUACUGUAAGAAUGCUAAUGUCAUGUUGUCACCUUAUAUGGGUUUUAUCUCUGUGUUGCAUUAUCCAUGAGGUUUUUUUUCUAUAUUCUAAAAUUAUUGAUGGUGGUCACUGUUGAUGUAUGGAUAUUAUAGUGAGAUAAGGUGUUAUAUUAGACUGUUGUGAGUAGGAGGGAGACUUGAAUUGGCGAUGUCACAAUCAAAUCACUAGAAUGUCGAACUGAUUUAUCCAUCAUGUCCUCCAGCUGACGAUUGUAGCUCAUAAUGGAUGAACCCCUUUUCUGCAUUUCUAACAUCCUCUAAAGUCCUCUUUGUCCAAAGCAUAUCUGUCGUAGCACAGCAAGUGACGGACUCGGGAAGUCUUGAAUGUCAGAUUACGAAGCAUUUUUGUAUGUUUAUACAGUUUAUUUUCAUACACAUCACCAUCUGCCAACAUGUAUAGAUUUAAAAAAGAAUUGUUCAGUAUUUUUUUACUGGGGCACAGAUAAUAUAUCAGUUUGAUUGGAGGUCUGGAUUUGUCUCAGUUUUUUAUUUAAAGCCCACAAGCCUCUACAAGUGUUUGAACUUGGGGGGGCUCAACGUCCUGACCUCAGUAGAUUAUUAGAAGGGCCUUGGUGCUUGUUAUGCAGUGUCCCACCUCACUGUGCUGUUGCCAUACUGUUACAGACGUGUUCUACAUGUCACACAUACCAAUCGUACCACUAUAGCUACAGUAUAAGGUCUAUAUUACUUUAUUUUAUUUAAUGGGGAAUUCUUUGGAGUCAUUCUUUAAACACAGUUUAUCUGAGUCCUCCACAGCUCAGUUUUCUCUUCUACUUGUCAUUUUUGUUUUGUCCAUUGUGAAUAUUUAUUUUGUUACUUUUGUAUCCCAGAGAGAAGACUAUAUUUGAACUCUGUUAGAAUGUGUGUUCAAACCAAAAUUAGAGCAACAUAUACGUUAUAUGAUUCAUUAGAGAUUUACUUAUAGGUCUACACACUGCACUUUCUACAACAGAUCAGUUUCUCCCUAAAAAAGGUCUAUUAUCUGUGGACUGGGAUAAGUGUUCACUCUUCCUCACAAGUUAUUUUUCUAAGAAGAAUGUAGUGGGUGAGAAAAAAAAGUGACCAAAUAACUUGACUAGGAACGGACUGUCUGUAGCCUCUGUCUCAAAUGGGUUUUAUCGCACCAGCCUUUUACUGCUGAUCAGAAUGUCAAACUGCUUUUUCUAAGUCCAUCAGCAGGUGCUCAUCUCGUCACUCCUGAGCUUGGAAAAUGUCUGAAAUGUUGACGUAUGUGCUCUGAGCAGCACGCCUCAUAGCAUACCUUCAGUACAGCACUGUUUGUAUUACUAAACAGGUUUUGAGAAUUUACUUAUUUUUUUGGAUAAAGAUAUUAAAAGUUCACCUGUUCACUUUUUGCCAGCCUGUCUGUAGCACACGAAGGCAAAGCACUGUAUUGUCAUUAUGCUUGUAAUAAAGAAAGAUUGAAAACACU